UUCUUGGGGGGCCUGGGCCUCGCACAGCCCAGCUCGUGACUCGAGCGUUUCAGACGUGGUCCAUGGCGAUUGGUCGUUGGCCAGUGCAUCGGCGGCCCUUUUCGCUGCCCAAUUCAUGCAGGAGAUGCUCCACAUCCGGGUCGACUCCCUAGACGCCAUCACGUUCUUCGCCCUUAAUCGAUUCGAAUCCUGAGAGCAGUCGAGCAUGUCUCACGCAAGUGUGUCUUUACCACCGCAUCAGCGAAUUAAUCCCUCGGCGUAAUGACGUCCCAAGCCAUCUCCAAGGCGCCUCGGCCUGCAGGCGGACCAACCACCUUCUACUUUGCUUACGGCAGCAACCUCCAUCUGAAGCAGAUGAAGAGACGGUGUCCGAACAGCAAGUACAUUGGGAGAGCCCGUCUCAUCAACUAUCGCUGGCAGAUCAACGAGCGUGGCUAUGCCAAUGUUCUUGAAGAGGAUGGCCACUGGGUCGAUGGGCUUGUGUAUGAGAUCAACCCGGUCGAUGAAGCCAAGCUGGAUAUCAACGAAGGCGUAUCCAAGAACGCCUACAUGAAGCGUAGCCUCAAGGUUCACCUGCACCGCGCUCCAAGCACGUUGUACCGCCGCCCGGUUUCCUGGAUCGUAAAUCAGGGUGGUCCAGCCAAGAUCGCUCGAAAGGCCAAGUCGGAGGGCCACAAGUACGCCGAGCACCAGGAGCACUGGGUACAGGAUGUUCUCGUAUACAUCAGCCUCAACUAUAUCCAGGACAGCGCGCCCAAGGAGGAAUAUGUGAACCGCAUCAAUCUUGGCCUGGCUGAUGCAAAGGCCCUCGGUAUGGAUCAAGACUACAUCAGCAACUGCAUCCGCCCGUCCAUCCCAGCGCCAGGGGGCAAAGGAACCGAGGAGCGGGAUAUACUGAGCCCGGCACCUCGGGGUCAGAAGCGCACAGCGUCCCCGCGGAUUCCUUCUCCGGCUCGUCGCGGUCAUCCACCAAGCUCCCCAGGAAAACAAUCUCGCCAGGUAACCCAAAGUCCCGCCCCAAGACGAAGGGCCAAUUCCGGGCCCCCUCCCUUGCCUCCACGACCGUCCUCAGCGCGACCUGUUGUUCGAUACUCGGAUGUCCCCGUCAUUGUUGUUGAAGAGUUCUCAUACUCGACGUACUCAGCCUAAGGAUGGUGCCAUUCUUCAAUUUGAAUACAAACGUCCCAGGAACAAAUUCAAUCUUGCGUUGUUUGUGCCGUCGUGUUCGGUGUUCUGACAUGCCGGCUCUCGUAUAGUUACAACGCUCAUCGCCUGCGAUUCGGAGGUAUUGUGGUUUGAGACUCUGCAUUCUGUCAGUCACGCUCUGUGCUGGCGGUGGAUGUAGUGCUCACUCCUCGGAUUGGCCGUUUUCGUGCUUGCGUCCCGCGCAGGAGGUCCUCCUGAA